CAGAUAAUAGGGUAAGAUAUCGCAUCGUGCUUUCUUGUCUUUUAAAACCUUCUACUCUGUUAGAACUAGGGUUUCUCUUUCGUAGUGCGAAGUGGGAAGUGAGCGUUCCUCCCAAGCUUAGAAGGCCUAGCUCCCACAGCGCUCAGGUAAGAGAUCUGCCAAGAUGUACACAUUCAGAAGGAAAAUCCAGAAAGACAAGGAUGCUGAGCCUUCGGAAUUUGAGGAGUCAGUUGCUCAGGCACUCUUUGAUUUGGAGACUUCCAGCACGGAGCUGAAAAGUGACUUGAAAGAUCUUUACAUAAAUUCAGCAGUUCAGAUGGAUAUUUCUGGGAAUCGGAAGGCCAUUGUAGUCCAUGUUCCCUACAGACUGAGGAAAGCUUUCCGCAAGAUUCAUGUUAAGCUUGUAAGGGAGUUGGAGAAGAAGUUCAGCGGGAAGGAGGUGAUAGUUAUUGCCACUCGAAGGAUCUUGAGACCUCCAAAGAAGGGUUCUGCUGUUCAGCGACCUCGCAGCCGCACACUAACUGCUGUGCAUGAUGCUAUGCUUGAGGAUGUUGUUUAUCCUGGAGAGAUUAUUGGGAAGCGUGUCAGAUACCGUAUUGAUGGGUCCAAAAUAAUCAAGAUUUACCUGGACUCGAAGGAGAGGAACAACACCGAGUACAAGCUUGAGACAUUUGCAGGAGUUUACCGGAAGCUUUCAGGGAAAGAUGUUGUGUUUGAGUACCCAGUUACCACCGAGGCAUAAAAUUCCAUAAUACUGCAUUGUCAUUUAUCUCUAGCUUGCUAUGCUGCUUUUUAGUUUAUUUUAUUUUUCUUAUUAGGUAUUGAAUUAAAAUUUUGUCCGAGCAUUCAAGCUCGUUUUGGUUCAGGAAGCGUGAUGGAUGGUAUUGUUUUCUGAAAGUUGAGACUAUAUGUUCUUGUCGUAGACUAAAUUUUUUGUUUCGAGGAAAGUUAAUUUGCUUAAA